CUGCGUGAUACUCAGGAGUUUUAUUUUGCUUUUUUCUUUCUCUUUUGGGGUGAUACCACGGUCUGCAUAAAGCUGUCUUAACUCAAAUAUUUGGUAAUUUUGAUGUGGCCCUCCCUCUCCCAAUGAGUCUACUUUCAGGACUCAUUCCGGAGCAGAUUCUUCAGGAUGGGCAUCUGGGCCCCACCCCGACUCCUGGAACUGGCAGGCCAGAGCCUGCUGAGGAACGAGGCCUUGUCCGUCACCGCUCUGGAGGAGCUGCCCACCGAGCUCUUCCCACCGCUGUUCACAGCGGCCUUUGCUGGGAGGCACAAUGAGAUCCUGAAGGCAAUGGUGCAGGCCUGGCCCUUCCCCUGCCUCCCUCUGGGGGCCCUGAUGAAGGAGCAUCAGCCUCGCCUGGAGACCUUCCAAGCUGCGCUCGAUGGCCUGGAUGUCCUGCUUGCCCAGGAGAUCCGCUCCAGGUGGUGGAAGCUGCAGGUGCUGGAUUUGCACAGGAACGCCCAUCAGGAUUUCUGAACUAUGUGGUCCAGCACCAGGGCCAGCAUGUGCUCGAUGCUGGAGCCUGAGGCGGCCCCACCUGUGAGGAAGAGGCGCCGAGUGGAAGAUGCAAAGGUGGGGCCAAAGCAGCCCUGGGCCCCUGUGGAGGUGCUCAUAGACCUGUGCCUUAAGGAGGGCACCCCUGACCAGUCCCUCACCUACCUCCUGAAGAAGGUCAAGCAGAGGAGGGGCUUGCUCCAGCUGUGCUGCCAGAAGCUGAAGAUCUUUGCCAUGCCGAUGCAUAACAUCAAGAAGAUCCUGAAGAUGGUGCAGCUGGAGUCUGUGCAGGACCUGGAGGUGAAUUGCAUGUGGAAGCUGGCUACCCUGGGCAGGUUUGCACCACACCUGGGCCAGAUGGGCAGCCUGCGCCGGCUGCUGCUCUCACACAUCCACCUGACCCCCCAGGCCCCACCAGGGAAAGAGGAGUACUGCGUCAGCCAGCUCACCACCCAGUUCCUCAGCCUGUAGCAUCUGUAGGAGCUCUACCUCGACUCCAUCUCCUUCCUUGAGGGUCGCCUGGACCAGGUGCUCAGGUGCCUGAAGAUGCCCCUGGAGACUCUGUCGAUCACCAACUGCCUGAUUUCAGAAUCCGACCUGAUGCACCUGUCCCGGUGCCUGAGCAUCAGCCAGCUGAAGGACCUGGGCCUCAAUGGGGUCAACCUGACCAGCAUGAGCUCCAGGCCCCUCCAGGUCCUGAUUGAGAGGGCCUCUGCCACCCUCCAGGACCUGGACCUGGACGAGUGUGGGAUCAUGGACUCCCAGUUCAGCGCCCUCCUGCCCGCCCUGAGAUGCUGCUCCCAGCUCACCACCUUUAGCUUCUGUGGCAACCCCAUCUCCAUGGCUGUGCUGGAGAGCCUGCUGCACCACAUGGUGGGUCUGAGCAAGCUGAGCCAUGUGCUGUACCCUGCGCCCCUGGAGAGCUACGAGGAUGUGCGCGGCACCCUGCACCUGGGCUGCCUGGCGCAGCUGCACACCUGGCUGAAGCAGAUGCUGCAGGAGUCGGGGCGGCCUGGCAUGGUCUGGUUCAGCGCCAACCCCUGUCCGCACUGUGGUGACUGGACCUUCUACGACCCGGAGCCCAUCCUGUGCCCCUGUUACAUGCCUGUCUAGCCUUGUGCAUGGCUUUCAGGCUUUGUUUUGGGCACUCAGACACUGCUGCCCAGACUUACAUGCAUCUUGAACACAAGCCGGUUUCAGACAGUUCAGUGUGGGUGGGAAAAGGCAAGGUGAGUCACAGCGGGUGGGGACGGGCAUGUGUGGAUGCGAGCAUGGAUGGGGUCUUUGAGGAGAUGCAUCCUAUAGAGUUAGAAAUGUGAAUCUUGAGUUUCUGGAGGGGAUUCGGGCUUAGAAGGUAGAUGGAGUUAUCCCUGUGUGGAUGGUUAUAGAGAAAUGGUUGGAAAUAAAGGGAACCUCAGUGUCAAUUAUCCCGUGUCCUAUACAAACUGUUACCCUGAUUCCCCUGUGUAAACCUCAGAAACCUCCUGUUAGUGAUUAAAUAAAGGGCAUGAGCACCUGUGGGGCUCAGUCUA